GGCGCGGCGGAGCCGUUGGUGACAGUUGGAGCCGGGGACCAGACAGCCGUAGAAGACUUCACCAGAGGGGGUUUUUUGGUCAACGUAACGUGACAGUCAAAACACAUUUACAUACUUCACCAUGAGGGAAAUAGUUCAUCUGCAGGCGGGCCAGUGCGGCAAUCAGAUCGGCGCCAAGUUCUGGGAGGUGAUCAGCGACGAGCAUGGGAUCGACCCCACGGGCUCUUACCAUGGCGACAGCGACCUGCAGCUGGAGCGCAUCAACGUCUACUACAACGAGGCGUCUGGUGGGAAGUAUGUUCCCCGCGCCAUCCUCGUAGACCUGGAGCCCGGCACCAUGGACUCGGUGCGGUCAGGCCCAUUUGGCCAGAUCUUCCGGCCCGACAACUUUGUGUUUGGCCAGAGCGGCGCGGGUAACAACUGGGCCAAGGGCCACUACACGGAAGGCGCCGAGCUGGUGGACUCGGUGCUGGACGUGGUGCGCAAGGAGGCGGAGAGCUGCGACUGCCUGCAGGGCUUCCAGCUGACGCACUCGCUGGGCGGCGGCACCGGCUCGGGCAUGGGCACCCUGCUCAUCAGCAAGAUCCGUGAGGAGUACCCCGACCGCAUCAUGAACACCUUCAGUGUGGUGCCCUCCCCCAAGGUGUCAGACACUGUGGUGGAGCCGUACAACGCGACGUUGUCGGUGCACCAGCUGGUGGAGAACACGGACGAGACGUACUGCAUCGACAACGAGGCCCUCUACGACAUCUGCUUCCGCACCCUCAAGCUCACGACGCCCACGUACGGCGACCUGAACCACCUGGUGUCGGCCACCAUGAGCGGCGUCACCACCUGCCUGCGCUUCCCGGGCCAGCUCAACGCCGACCUGCGCAAGCUCGCCGUCAACAUGGUGCCCUUCCCGCGCCUGCACUUCUUCAUGCCGGGCUUCGCGCCGCUCACCAGCCGCGGUUCGCAGCAGUACCGCGCGCUCACCGUGCCCGAGCUCACCCAGCAGAUGUUCGACUCGAAGAACAUGAUGGCGGCGUGCGACCCGCGGCACGGCCGCUACCUCACGGUGGCCGCCAUCUUCCGCGGCCGCAUGUCCAUGAAGGAGGUGGACGAGCAGAUGCUGAACGUGCAGAACAAGAACAGCAGCUACUUCGUCGAGUGGAUCCCCAACAACGUGAAGACGGCCGUGUGCGACAUCCCGCCCCGAGGCCUCAAGAUGUCGGCCACCUUCAUCGGCAACAGCACGGCCAUCCAGGAGCUCUUCAAGCGAAUCUCCGAGCAGUUCACGGCCAUGUUCCGCCGCAAGGCCUUCCUGCACUGGUACACGGGCGAGGGCAUGGACGAGAUGGAGUUCACCGAGGCGGAGAGCAACAUGAACGACCUCGUCUCCGAGUACCAGCAGUACCAGGACGCCACGGCCGAGGAGGAGGGAGAAUUUGAGGAGGAGGAGGGUCAGGAGGAUGCCUGAAAGUUGACAACACCCCGCCCCAACCAACCCCCCCCCACUCGUUCUCUUACACUUCUGUUUUCUGUGUUGUCGGUGUCGUGUUUGUCGUGACUGCACGUGUCUUGUUUUUGGGUUGCAGCCAUGAGGUUGAAGCGGGGGUUUAAUCGGGCUGCGAUGAAAGUUUUGUUGUGUCCUGGGGGUGGGGGAUGGGAGGGAUGGAUCCCCCAUGGAGGUUCGUAAAUGGAGGGGACUGAGCCCUGGUCGUGCCAGCUGUGCAGCCGCAACACUAACACAGGAUUUCAAAAUUCAUGACCCGGCGGACCUGGGAGAGAUUAUUAAAUCCACCUGGCAGGUCGCACCCCAGCAAUCCAUCUGGUGAUCCCCAGACGCCUUGCAAUCAGACCUCGAAGAGACAUAACGACCUGUCCGUCUUGGAGAGUUGGGCCAGAAAUAUAACUCGUUACAGAUUCUCCAGAGCCCUUUUAAUUCUGCCGGCAGUGGCGUGUUCUGGUCUAGAAAUUUCAGAGCUGCACCCUAAAUAGAUCACUUUGUAAUGAUUGGACGGCAAGCCCCCCCACUCUUAAUGUACAUGCUAGCACCUGAUGAAUAAAAUUGUUAUUUGAGAAGCACUUGUGUUGGUAGGGGAAACCACCGCCCGCCCCCCCCCCCCUUUUGUGAGGUGGCAGCAGUGCUCUGGUUGCUGUGAGCCUCACCCCGAGGAAAUCCCCGUGUCUCUCUGCUCCGUUUUGUACAUUGCUACGCUACUUCUCCUUGUGACUUUGACUUGUCCCAAAGAUCGGCCGUGUUGAGUGCCGAAUAAAAGGUACAUCUCGCUGA